AUGUUCCCUUCCAAAUUCUCCCUCGACGUUCAUUGGCGGGUCUACUUGACGGGCUGGACCGUUUACCACCAGAAGGACAUCUCGACCUCCCGCACCUUGGCUGCAGUUACCACAAUCGAUACCAAAAACUUGACCAUCGAGUCAUGUAUCGCAAUCUGUGACAACGCAGGCUUCAUUUUCGCCGGCGUAGAAUUCGGACAAGAGUGCUACUGCGAUUCUGUCAUCCAAGACCCAGGCGUCGAGACUGAUAUCAGUGAAUGCAACUUCGCAUGUUCAGGCAAUCCCGCGGAGGUCUGUGGCUCGGGAGGUCACAUGAAUAUCUUCUAUAGCGGAGCGCCUCUCCCCCAAUUUACUCAAACGAUCGGAGAAACGGGGUGGACCUUCCAAGGAUGUUUCACCGACGAUCCACAGAAUCGCACCCUGCGUGUUCCUGUCGCUAUACCCCAAGGGGUGACUCCAGAAUCUUGUACCGCGGCGUGUCAGACUGCGGGUGGAUUUGCGCGCGCAGGCCUUGAAGUUGGGCGAGAAUGCUGGUGCGACAACCUCCUUGAUGCUUCCUCUGAAGCCCGCCCGACUCGCGAAUGCCGAACCGUCUGCAACGCAGACCACACCCAGUUGUGUGGUAGUGCAAACCGAGCAGCCGUAUACGGAUUCAACGUAGGCGGAGGUGGAACUCAGCCAGAACAAUGUACCGAAGUGAACGUGAACAACUUCACGCUUCAAGCCGUAUUCAAAGCCCCACCCCCUUCUGGCCCCUCGACAAUUACGUUGAAGAUGAUCCUCGUCGAGAUGGUUCCAGAUAUCAUGUGGUCUAUUUUGUCGGCAUGCACAAACUGCUGCACCGAUUGGCCCAAUUUCUCUCUUACCAACAGUGUAUUCCUUCCUCGAUCAGUUUCUAACCCCGCACAACUAGUCUCUGCCACCCCUCGUGCGGGCGAGUCCCUCAGUUUCCUUGCCUCGAGCCCCCCUUUCCCAGGUGACAGGGGAUACUGUGUGACGAAUGAUAUAAACCAACCAGAUGGCCUCCCUCUGCUUGCCUUCAAUGGGAAUUCCGAAAACUGGGCUUUGUGCCCUAACAAUACAGCCAAUGGACGCCUGGAUGUUGUCUUUUCACCCACUCUCAAUCAUCCUCACUACACCGUCGCGAGUUGUUUAGCUGUAGACAUACAAAUGAUUGGAGUAUGA